UUUCAAGGCUUCUCAGCCUAUCCAAAGUUGAAGCAUGAGUUGUGCCUCACCGUCCUUAUGUAAUCUUUUAUCUCUGUAGCCACAAACCCUUUAUUAACCAGGCUUAUCAGUGUCUAACAGGAGCCCAAACUGCCUAUCUAGACUGAGCUUCGUCAGGCAGGCAUCUCAGUUCUUCGUAGACAUUUGAAAAUAUUCAAGGAGAAAGUGAAAUGUUAUCAAGAAAUGCUUAUUGGGGUUGCCCCGUGCAGACAGUUCCUGAAAAAGGCUCGCAGUCAUGGUGUGAGGGGCAGCUGUAGGGAGCGCACGCAUCCAGUGAUAAUAAGGCAGCCCCGGCCUCACUUUCACUUGCGACCGCAAAUGUGUGUAUUUCUAGCUUUUUGGGGAUCAAAGAAACUCUAGACUGGUGACUGAGCUACUAUCAGGCGGAGCUUCCAGGAAGUGUCACAGCGCCUGCUACAGAGUAGCCGCCGCAAGUCCGGGUCAGGUGGGAGUGGAGGCGGGAAGAAGCCCAGCCCCGUGGGCGGAGCUAACGAUAGAGCACGGCUUGGGCCCGCCUUCCCGGCGCGCCAGGUGGUGGUGUCCCGCCCCGCUGGGAGGCCAUCGACUGCGUCAGUUCGAUUGGUCAGCCUGGCUGCGCUAACGGUCGCGUAGGCGGGGCUUAGGCCGCGGGGCGGGCGCGGUGGUAGCCAGAGGCUGUGACCGAGAUCAAGAUCCAGUUCCGGACAUGAGACUGAUUGGGUGAUCAUUUUAUUGAGAUUAACUUGAACGACAGGUGUAAACAACAAAGGCAUCACUAUGACUGAGGGAGGUCAAAUAUUUUUAUUGCCGAUCUCUACUUCAGAUUCUACAAAAGAACCGCUGUCUCCAGCAGCUUCUAAAGCCCAGGAUUCUAGCCUUUUAUCAAACAGACUCAUGAUUGAAAAACAGCAGGAGGAAGCAGAAUGGGAAAGCAUCAAUGGGCUACUGAUGACGCAUGGCUUCAAACCUUUAUGUCUAGUCAAAGGAGCAGAUCUCAGAGAUUUCAUUGUUUUUGACAAACAAUCAUCACAAAAAAUGAGGCAGAUUUUGAAAACGUUGAUGGAAGAAACAACACGUCAGCAGAGCAUGAUACGGGAGCUUAUAGAGACCAACCAGCAACUUAAAAGUGAACUUCAGCUAGAACAGAACCGAGCAGCACACCAGGAACAGCGAGCCAAUGACCUGCAGCAGAUUAUGGACAGUGUGAAAUCCAAAAUUGGUGAAUUGGAAGAUGAAUCCCUAAACAGGGUUUGCCAGCAACAAAAUAGAAUAAAAGACCUUCAAAAGGAAUAUAAAAUGUUACAGAUGAAAUGCCAGCACUAUAAGAAAAACCGAAUGGAGCAAGAGGGGACCAUUGCUUCUUUGCAAAAGGAGAUCCACAGACUUGCCAAAGAGGAGGAAGAGCGCAUCCUCACUCAGAACAGAGUGUUUGCCCAUCUCUGCAGAAGAGUUCCUCACUCAGUCUUGGAUAAACAGCAGUUUGAGGAAGACAGUCAGUCAGAAGAAAAAGACUUCACAAACCUGGGUGCCUCACCAAAUUAUAAAGGCGUUCUGAUGUCGUUACAGAAGCAACUCAAGGAAUCCAAAUCCAGGAUCGACGUGCUGGUAGGUGAGAAGCUGAGCCUCCAGAAAGAUCUGGAAAACAGGCCCACAGAACACGAAUUAAGACUUUAUAAACAACAAGUGAAGAAACUGGAAAAAACCCUGAAGAAAAACAUAAAAUUACAAGAUCUUAUUGGUCAAAAAAAGUCUGAUGACACAGAGAAAAAAGAUGAGCCCAGCAAAGACAGCCAUCAGCAGGCUCUCAUUGAGCAGAGCUACUUUCAGGUGCUGUGCAGCAUCAAUUCAAUUGUUCACAACCCACGAGCUCCAGUGAUUAUUUAUAAACAGAGCAAAGGAAGAGCCCCAAACGGCAAUAAAGAUAUUGGUCAAGAUUGUGGAUUUGAACAUCUUGUUCCUAUAAUAGAAAUGUGGGUAGAUGAACUGACAUCCUUAAAGGAUUUGUAUAAGUCCUUGAAAAUACUGUCUGCAGAACUGGUGCCUUGGCAUAGCUUAAAGAAACUGGAUGAAAAGGAAGGUGUCAAAGUAGGAGAUCUGUUGUUUAUGGUGGAUACCAUGUUGGAAGAAGUUGAAAACCAGAAAGAGACCAGCAGCACGCCCAACUCUCAAACUUUGCAAGCUAUUGUUUCUCACUUCCAAAAGCUAUUUGAUGUGCAAUCUUUAAAUGGAGUCUAUCCCCGGAUGAAUGAAGUGUACACCAGGCUUGGAGAAAUGAACAACGCUGUAAGGAACCUUCAGGAGCUCUUAGAAUUAGACAGUUCGUCGUCAUUGUGUGUGGUGGUCAGCACAGUUGGGAAGCUGUGUGAGAUAAUUAACAAGGAUGUGAGUGAGCAGGUUAAGCAAGUGUUAGGACCUGAGGACCUACAAAGUAUUAUCAAGAAAUUGGAAGAGCAUGAGGAAUUUUUUCCAGCGUUUCAAGCUUUUGCUAAUGAUCUUCUUGAAAUCUUAGAGAUUGAUGACUUGGAUGCCAUCGUACCUGCAGUAAAAAAAUUAAAGAUCCUUUCAUACUGAAAACAAAUCAGGUCAACUUCACUGUGUAAACUGCAUUCUUAACAUUCUAAGCAUUUGUAAAGGUCUGAUCCUGAAACAAGGCUCUACACAGAUCAGCUCUCAGAAUUCGUCCUCUCACCCCUGGGUCUGCUCAACCCAUAUAAUUUUUAUUUUUGAUUAUUUAAUAAAAUGUAGCUGUUAAGUUAUUAAAAUAGUGAGUUAACUUUAGAUUCCUUAAUCGUUUCCUAAGCAAUGCUUGAGUGCUGUAAAAUGUAAGGAAGAGAUUGUGGGUAACAAAAGAGACUCAUGGAGACAUUGCAAAGCAGAAAGUGGCAGUUAACUUCAAGGUUUAAUGACCCUUUGGUCAGAGAAAAAAGAAUGCCAGUUGCUUUCUAAGCCCAACCGAUAGGAAGCCUCUGUUCUCCAGGCAAGGCUUAGUGGGCAUCUUCUAUUCAGAAAGACUUAGAGCCAUUGCCCUGUCAGAGCAAGAAGAAAAGGUUUCAUCUUUGUAUUAAGAUAGGAAGUGAGUCAUGGAGUGAAAUAGAUGAUCACGUAGAAGUGUUUCUGUGUCUUUAUUUGCAAUACUAUGUAAUGUACUUUUAUAAAGAAAUAAGAUCACAAAUAAAGUUUUCCUAAAGAGUUUCCAAACGUAAGUGUUUUUAGUGACUUAUUUGUCUCGCUAACAAUAGAGUCGUGUUCUCUCCCUGGACUGACUCCUUGGGCGUUAUCCUUCCUGCAGUCACUGAACAGUCCUGUUCUUACUGCGCUCUCCUUGAUCUCUAGUCUCAGUACUCACUCUG